CAUUCCUAUGUAAACGUGGAAGCCACCUACAUUAAUUAGCAUCACCACCUAAAUAUGCAUAUAAAAAGCAACAUCCCUUCAUUAAAUUCUUGCACCUCAAUACUUCACUGUCCUAGCCAUGGCCUCCUCACCAUCUCUCCCACUUACACUUGCUCUCGUUCUUGCUUGCACUUCAACAACACUAGUGCUUGGUUCUUACAACCCUCCGCCCAAUUCAUACAGCAAGAAAAUCAUGAACCCAAUAGACUCCUGUUGGAGGGCCAACUCCAUGUGGGCUUCCGACCGCCGUGCUCUGGCGGAUUGUGUCGUCGGGUUCGGGAAGGAUGCAGUCGGAGGGAAGUAUGGUGCAACGUAUGUUGUGACGGAUCCAUCGGAUGACCCGGAAAGUCCCAAACCGGGUACACUGCGGUAUGGUGCGAUCCAAGAAAAACCACUGUGGAUCAUUUUUGCAAGAAGUAUGGUUAUUAGACUAAAGAAUGAGCUGAUGAUGAAUAGUUACAAGACCAUAGAUGGGAGAGGGGCCAAAGUGGAGAUUGCUUAUGGGCCGUGCAUAACUAUACAACAUGUUAGUCAUGUGAUCAUACAUGGUAUUAGCAUUCAUGAUUGUAAGCCCGGAAAUCAAGGCAUAGUUCGGGACAGCCCGAUUCACAUGGGCCAUCGUCGGGGCUCUGAUGGUGAUGCCAUUGAUAUAUUUGCUUCCACGGAUAUAUGGAUUGAUCAUUGUUACCUAGCACGUUGCACUGAUGGGCUCAUCGAUGUGAUUCAUGCCUCGACUGCCAUCACCAUUUCUAACAAUUACUUCUCCCAACAUGAUAAAGUUAUGUUAUUCGGACACGACGACAACAAUCUAGAGGACAAGAGCAUCAAAGUCACAGUUGUCUUUAACCAUUUUGGCCCCGGUUUAUUUGAUGUCUCGAGCAGGGUCAGGCUAGGUUAUGCACACGUGGCUAACAACAGAUACGACCAGUGGGAGAUGUAUGCCAUUGGUGGAAGUGCUGAUCCAACCAUCUUCAGUGAAGGAAACUACUUCAUGGCGCCUAAUAGUCCUGAUAUAAAACAAGUUACAAAGAGAGAGGUUACAAGUAGUGGGUGGAAGAACUGGAAAUGGAGGUCGUCGAGGGACAAAUUCUUCAAUGGGGCUUAUUUUGUUCCUUCUGGAUAUGGGAGCUGCGCGCCAGGUUACACUAAAGCUCAGUCGUUUAACGUUGCUGAUGGGUCGAUGGUGCCUGCUCUGACAGCCGACGCCGGCCCCUUGGGCUGUACUGCCAGUAAAGCAUGUUGACAUACUUUGUGUAAAUACCUUUGCUUGGUUAGUUGUCACACAUGAAUACCACCUGCACUAAUUGCGCAGGCAGAAAGGUCAAUUGUUAGAAUCUCCGUAGGGGUUCUUCAUUUUUAGCUAGAAUAGUUGUUAGCAGCAGGUUGGGCUAACAAGAACCAGUUAGCCAGCGUUUCGAUCUUUUAAAAACUUGACCAUUCUGUAAAUUUCACUUCUUUAAUGGAACGUUUUUGUCCGAAGAA